AUGAUCAAUCUUCUAUCGAAUGCAGCCUUCGCCCUAGCAGCGACGCUGGUCGUCCCCGUGUUAUCUGAGGACCAGAAACCCAUUUCUGGCUUUGCAUGCACACAUCCGCCGUACAAGACUCACAUGAUGUCUAAAUCGCCUCUUGUCAUUUACAUCGCUGACUUUAUCACACCCGCUGAGCGGUCACAUCUACUAGACACGGCGAGCGGUACCUUUGCUCAUUCAGGCGUUAUCGAUGCCUCUGGCGGCAAAACCACACACAACGUACGCACAUCUCAGAGCACCAGCCUUUGGCGGGACGAUGUCGUUCGCUGCAUCGAAGAGCGUGCAAUAGCGUUCCAGGGAUACAGUGUGCCAAAUAGCCAUGUAGAACCGUUACAACUGGUCAAAUAUGGAAAAGGCCAGCAGUACCAUUUUCAUACAGACUGGUUCACGGAUCCCGCACACACCAGAGCUCAUCUAGGCGGCAAUCGGCUCUCUUCUUUCUUUGGUUAUGUGUCAGCCGAUAACGUCACUGGAGGGGGAACCAACUUCCCACUUUUAAAUGCUCCUUUCGACGACCGAUGGUGCUCCUUCAUUGACUGCGACGAGCCUUGGGAGAGAGGCGUCACAUUCCGGCCGCUGGAGGGGAGUUUCGUGUAUUGGGAAAAUCUUCAUGUUGACGGUUCUGGAGACCAACGUAAUUUGCAUGCUGGGUUGCCGGUCAUAGGUGGACAAAAGGUUGGGAUGAACAUCUGGACAAGACAAGCGCCGCUGGGCAAGGACAUUCGAGGAGAUAAUUGA